AUGGCCGACGAGGUCCUGUUGCAGUCACCGAUGGAUCUUCAGCUGAUCCUGCUGCCUUUUGCCGAAGCCAGCGAGGACGACAUCGACGAUCUAAUCGGAGCUUCUGACGGUGGCAGUGUGGAAGGAGUCGAAGCAGUGUUAAAUCGUCCUCAGAACCCUGAUGCGAUGAAUUCGAAACGCGGCUUCUCCGCCCUGGGACGUGCAGCAGAUCUGGGCCAUGUAGAGGUUGCGCAGCUACUUCUCGAGGCAGGCGCCGAUCCGGAUCUUCAGAGCAUGAACGGCUUUGGCCAUGUCUUGGCACCGCUCCAAAUCGCCGCAAGACAAGGGCACGUGGAGCUCUUGCGGCUUCUUCUUGAGGCAAGAGCAGAUCAGGACACCAAGCACAGUCACGACAUGACUCCAUUGGCGAUGGCCUUGGAGAUGGGUCACACCGAGAGCGUCAGCGUCCUUGUCGCCGCGGGCGCGGAGCAGCCCCGAGGCACCUCAGCCAGCGAGUCCGGCGGUGAGUGGCCGAAGCCACUGGCCUUGCGCGCCCAGGUUGUGGAGACUGCUUCCCGGGCCUCUGCACCGAGUUAUCCUGCCUUUCCGUCACGCCGGUCUUGGGCGAGUUGGCUGUGGGGCUCCUGCUGGGAGUCUUGA